UUCUGGAUAGUGUGACACCUCUGCUAACGAUAGUCUUUUUUUAUUUCACUCAGAUAGUUUUGGAUUUUCACGUUCUUGGUGAGAUAGGUGUUGGCUGACAUAAAGGCCUUCCAGGGAACAGAGACCGACAGCGUUGCCACAGACCUCAGAUAAGCGUGCUAGCUGCUCUUUACAAACGAUGAGGCCAUUGCAUAGCAUAUUUCAUUCAUUCAAGCUAACGCUAGCUCUGUAGAGGUAGACUUUGAUUUCUUUGUUGAGUGGGGGAUAACAGUAUCGUGCGUUAGCCCGCUGUAACGUCAUUACUGCUAGGUUAGCAGGGUAACGUUUACGUUACUAUUAUGGAUUAUGAGCAUAAAGCGAGGGCAGUGGGUGAGUGCUUGCUGAGCUACAAGAGGGAUGAGUCUGGAUGGAGAGUCUGCAAGAAAUCGAAUGACGUGGUUGUGUCUUGGCGCCCCUCAUCUGAGUUCCCUGGGAAUGUUUACAAGGGGGAGGGGAUUGUCAGUGGCUGCCCAGAGAAAGUGUGGGAGUGUCUGAAACCAGUAACCAAUGGACUCAGAGUCAAGUGGGAUAAUAAUGUGAAAAAGUUUGAGCUUUUGGAGCAAAUCACAGAGGACAUCUCUAUCUGCCGAACAGUCACACCCUCAGCAGCUAUGGGUAUCAUAGCUCCACGAGACUUUGUAGAUGUUAUUUUAGUUAAGCAAUACGAAGAUGGCACCAUCUCAUCAAAUGCCACCAAUGUGAGUCAUCCUUGCUGUCCUCCCCAGUCUGGCUAUGUGAGAGGAUUCAACCAUCCAUGUGGUUGCAUCUGUGUUCCCAUCUCAGGAGAGCCCAACAAAACCCAGGUGUUGAGCUUCUUCCAAACAGACCUGGGUGGCUUCCUCCCUCGCUCUGUGGUUGACUCGUUCUUCCCUUCAAGCAUGGCUGAGUUCUACAGCAAUCUUGCUAACGCUGUUAAAUCCCUCAAGCCCCUUUGACACCCAGAGUUAAGAAAUCUACCUCAAGACCCAAGGCCUACUAUUUGGUCAGGCUAAUUGUUCAUUCCACAUUAGCAGUCCAAACUUAACAGCCAUCAGCACACUGAGAUCAUUAAACUGUUGUGUAUUUUAAAUAGAUCCAAUCCACAGUUUAUCUUUAGUGUACUGUACAUUUGUAUAUUCCUGUGUUACUGUCAGAGGACUCCAGUAAAUCUUUAGCAGUCAACCACUUAUUUAACAGCAGUUUACACAUUAAGAAUUCCCAAAAUAAGAAUGACGUCUUGCAGUUGACAAAACCUGCAUUUCAAACUCCAGUUUCUGUACAUCCAUCUCUGGGAUAAAUUAUUUUUUCUCCAACCUAAAGAAUGAAAAUAGAUGUCAAAUCUAUAUUUGUUCAUGUGCUAAAAGUACACAACAUCGUUACUUUUUGUCACUAUGAUGAAACAUGUUUCCUCUUCAUGUAAGCGCAUACUUCAGUUUGUACAGGGCAUGUUGCAUGGACCCUUAUUUACCCCAUGCUGGUAUCCGGUUGUUGUUCCUGAGUACACACUCAUACCACGUGUGUGUGUGUGUGUGUGUGUGUGUGUGUGUGUGUGUGUGUGUUUUAGUUAAACUGCCAUUUGCUCAUCUCCAGCUACCUGUAAACCAUAAAUAUACAGUACAGGCCAAAAGU